AGGAUUCUGUGUCCCCCUUGGACAGUGGCCCACAGACACGGUGAUUCCCACAGUCCCAGUGUUCCCGGAGGAUGCUGGCCCACGGACAAGUUUCCCAGGAUUCAGUGUCACCUGGACAUGGUGUUUCCCAGGACUUGGUGUCCCCUUGGGGAUUUAGCGGCCCCUGGGAAGAAUGGGUUAUGGACACGGUGUUUUCCAGGAUUCGGCGUCCCCUGAGGACUGUGGCACAAAUGCACGGCGUUUCCUAGGAUUUGGUCUCCUCUGUGGAUGGUGGCCCACGGGCACAGUGCUUCCUAGGACUCAGGGUCCUGUAGCUAUGAUAUUUUAUGAAAAAUCCUCUGCUAGGAUUUUUCCCGUCCUGAGGAGCUGAGAGGCUCAGGAAAGAAUGUAAACAAUGGCUAUCUGCUGCUGUGGAAUGCCACAGGUGCAUCUUCCAUUGGUCCAUGUGGAUUGUUUUCAAUCAGUGACCAACCACAGCCACCCGUGCCAAGGCUGUGAGCAGUCACAGGAUUUUGUUAUGAAUUCUAUUCCUAUUCUAUUCUUGUCUUUGUAGCCUUCUGAUCCUUCUUCUCUCUCUGUUCUUUUAGUAUAGUUUUAAUGUAGUAUUUUAAUAUGAUAUAUAACAUAAUAAAUCAGCCUUCUGAGCAAAAUGAAGUCAAGCCUUGGGGCAUUCACCAAGACAAGAGUGUCCCCUUGUGCGAGUAGCUCUUGGGGCUCAGUGCUCCCAGGACUGGGCUGUCACCAAGGGAGAGGGAUCCAUUGCUUCCCAGGACUCGGUGGCCGGGGCGUGGCCGGUGCCGCGGAGCCCGGCCCCGGGCGCGGUGCUGCCGCCGCUGCCGUGGGCGCCGCCGCUGUCCCGGGAUGUACGCCGGCAGGAAGAGGAAGAAGCCGGUGCCCAGGAGCCCCAAACUGCCUCCCCCCGAGGGUGUGAAGUCCAACCCCUCCAAGAGGCACCGGGACCGGCUGAACCAGGAGCUGAACAAGCUGAUGGGGCUGUUGCCCUUCCCUGAGGAUGUGCGCUCCAGGCUGGAUAAACUCUCCAUCCUCUGGCUGGCCGUGGGCUACCUGAAGGUGAAGAGCUACCUGAUGGCUACAGCUCCAAAUGUUGGCAACUGCAUGGAUCAGCCCAGAGCCCCAGGAGGGGACAGAUGGAUGGAGCCCCAGGGUGACAGGGAGCUGUUUCCUGAGGGGGAACUGCUGCUCCAGGCCCUCAAUGGAUUUGUCAUCGCUGUGACUGGAGAUGGCUACAUCUUCUACAUCUCCCCUACCGUGCAGGACUACCUGGGCUUCCACCAGUCGGAUCUCAUCUACCAGAGCGUGUAUGAGCGGAUCCAUGCGGACGACAGGGCUGCCUUCCGCCGCCAGCUGCGCGGGACCCCAGCGCAUGCUGCUGACACUUUCCCCCCUGCGCAGCCGCUGCUUGCCAGGUGCAGCGCCGUGUCCAGCCCCCAGCACUGCCAUACUGAGAAGCAAUCCUUUGUGGAGAGGAGCUUCACCUGCCGCUUCCGCUGCCUGCUGGAUAACUCCUCGGGAUUCCUGGCCUUGAAUUUCCGUGGGCGCCUGAAGUUCCUUCUUGGGCAGCAAAAGUCAGCAGCAGACAAGUCCCCAGUUGCUCUCUUUGCCAUUGCCACACUCCUCCAGCCUCUCUCCAUCCUGGAGCUCCGGACUAAAACGCUGAUCUUCCAGACAAAGCACAAGCUGGACUUCACUCCCAUGGCCUGUGAUUCCCGGGGGAAGGUUGUCCUUGGAUACACAGAGGUGGAGCUGUGCAGGAGGGGGUCCGGAUACCAGUUUGUGCAUGCGGCCGACAUGAUGCACUGCGCAGAGCACCACGUGAGAAUGAUGAAGACGGGGGAGAGCGGGCUGACGGUGUUCCGGCUGCUGACCAAGAGGGGCAGCUGGGUGUGGGUGCAGGCCAACGCCCGGCUGGUGUACAAAGGGGACAGGCCCGACUACAUCAUCGCCCACCAGCGAGCCCUGUCCUGAGUAUUGC